GUUCCAACAAUGGAGACCAGCAGCGGAGAGGGAGCAGAGGUCAGAUCUGGGUCAGUGUCUCAGACACAGCCGCUCUGCCGCUUCUUCUCACAAGGAAGACAUUGCAAUUUUGGCAAGAAAUGUAGAUUUCUGCACGUAAGAGAUGAGGCGAGAGCUCAGGAGGGGGAAUCCGGUCAGACGCCCGGGCGUCUGGACGCCACGCCUUCCGGCUGGCAGGUCACCGAGGCCCACAGGCCUCCGGCCCCUCACAACCCCAGGCCGGCCCCUCACAACCCCAGGCCGGCCCCGGCCCGCCGCCCCUGUCGCUACUUCCUCUCAGGCCACUGCACCAUGGAGGACAGGUGCCGCUUCUGGCACCCUCCGCAGCUGCUUCUGUCGGACGGCCCGCCCGGGCCCACCGGUCAGACGGGGGCCGCGCCCAGGGGCCCGGCGGCGCCCCGACCCGCCGGCCUGCAGGAGGUCAAGCUGUGCGACAUGACGGAGGAGAUGGCCAAGCGGCUGCGGGACACCGAGAUCCAGCAGCUGAAGAAGCGUUUUCCCAAAGACAGCCUGAUCAUUCAGGAGAGAAGCGACGGAAAAGUGACCUAUUACAGGGCCACUGUGGAGCCCACUGACCCCGACUGGCCUUUUGAUCUGAAAGAAAUUGACAUCAUGAUGAGCUUCCCUGACAACUACCCCCAAGAGAUUUUCACGCUGGAAAUCCCGCUGGACCAGGAUCUGCCACCAGUUAUGGCAAAACAUGUUCAGGAAGCAUCUCUGCAGUGGCUUCAAGCUAAGCAUGCGACCAAUCAGCUGAUGGGAAAGGUAGAGCUGCUUUUCCGGCCUUUUCUCCGCUGGCUGGAUCGCAGCCUGGAGAGACUCUUCAUCGAGGGAGCCAGACAGUUGAAAAAAGACAUUGAUCUGGAAAGAGCCGGACUGCAGUUCAUACCCUACCAGGAGCUCCAGGCGACGGCGGGCGAAAACUUAGAUUCUGCUGAUGCAGUUACAGUGGAGGAAACCUCAGAUGCUGACGGAAAUACGGAGAGCGUGGAGCCAGAGGAGCAGCCGGAGACUCCGGGCUGGGAUGAGAGUCAGCGGCAGGAGGAGGCGAGUCACCUGGUGGAGAACGUUAAGAUCAGCGACCCCCGGCGGGGCACGGAGGUGAAGCUGCUGGGCCUGAGGCUGGGGGAGAACACGGCCACGGUGGUCGCCCCGCAGAUCACCGUCUGUCUGCAGUGCAACCGGUGUAAGGUAACGGCAGACCUGACGCUCACUGGGAGGACGCCCUGCUCGGCUCAGUGCGAAAAGUGCAACGCAGACAUAAACGCUGCGUUCAGGCCCUGCAUGGUCCACCACUACUGCGACGUCCUGGGAUACCUGGACCUGCACAACGCUGCCCCCGCGGACCUCGUCCUUCAGGACUGCGAGCUCUCCGUCGGAUGCCUCAGCUGCUCUCAGGAGGUUCCCGUGCAGAGCAUUUUCUACGGGCAAACGAAGGAGUUCAAUUGUGAGCACUGCCACAGCAAACUGAGCAUCCUGGCCGAGAGUACGAGAUUCCAGUAUAUUCCGCCUCGCACCUCGAGCAAAACAGGUUCAUGUGGUCCCAAUUACAAAACAAUAAGAGAUCCAGCUGUGCAAAAGGGAAAACCUCUGCCGGAAAAAGGAACCUGCAAACAUUACAAACAGAGCCAUCGCUGGCUGAGAUUUCCCUGCUGUGGCCGCGCUUACCCGUGCGAUGUGUGCCACGAUGAGAGCCAGGACCACCCCAUGGAGCUGGCCACCAGGAUGAUCUGCGGCUACUGUGCCAAAGAACAGCCAUACGGCAACGGGAAGCCCUGCAUCAGCUGCGGGAGCAUGAUGACGAGAGGCACACGGACCAGCCACUGGGAGGGGGGACUGGGAUGUAGAAGCAAAGUCAAAAUGAACAGGAAUGAUCGGCAAAAGUAUUCCAACACCAACAAAACGGUUUCCAGGAAGGCAGCCGGCCUGAAAAAGUGAUUGGUGAAAAGGGGCUCUGAACCACUAUGUGAAGCUCACAUAAUGACGAGUGACGGGAUCUAUUUUCACAAUAAAUCAACUUGCA